AUGAGAGACAAAGAUCUCUUCAACAAUGAAGAUUCAUUUUUCUUCUUCAUUAUAGUUAUUCCCAAUAUUCCCAUCGAUGCUCAAUGGUCACAAAACGGAAAGAUCGUUGCUGGAGGUAAUGGAAAAGGCGCUGCCACAAAUCAACUUAACGAGCCUUACGGUCUCUUCGUUGAUGAUGAUCAAACGAUAAUCAUUGCUGACUACAGGAAUCAUCGUAUCGUUCAAUGGAAGAUGGGUGAUACGAAUGGACAAAUUGUAGCUGGUGGCAAUGGCCAAGGAAAUCGAUUGAAUCAAUUGAGACAUCCAACCGACGUGCUGAUCGACAAAGAGACUGAUAGUCUCAUUAUCUGUGAUUACGGAAAUAGUCGAGUCGUACGAUGGUCUCAUCGUAGUGGCACAACUCAAGGAGAAAUCCUCAUUGACCACGUCGCUUGUGGUAGAUUGUUCAUGGAUGAUCAUAGAUAUCUCUACGUCUCUGGCAUGGAAAAACAUGAAGUAAGACGAUAUCAAAUAGGAGACAGGAAUGGAAUUAUCGUGGCUGGUGGAAAUGGCAAAGGUGCUGGUUUCAAUCAACUCAACUUGCCGACCUAUAUCUAUGUCGAUCAACAACAGGCUGUCUACGUGUCCGACAGAGGCAAUCAUCGUGUAAUGAAAUGGAAUAAAGGUGCAAAAGAAGGCAUUGUCAUCGCUGGAGAUCAAGAUGAAGGGAAGACUCUGUCACAUCCUACAGGACUUUUCGUCGAUACGUUGGGUACCCUCUAUGUGGCAGAUGCGGUGAAUCAUCGAAUAAGGCGUUGGCCUAAAGGAGCAGAACAGGAUACUGUCAUUGUGGGUGGAAAUGAUGAAGGAGCAGGAGAAAAUCAAUUCAAACAUCUCCGUGGUUUGUCUUUCGAUCGACAAGGCAAUCUCUAUGUCGUCGAUAGUGAAAAUAAUCGUGUUCAAUUUUUUUCAAUUCAAUAA